AUGUUGAUAAGAGACCUCAAAUUCUCACAACAGAGGCAGUUUAACGUCCCGGAGAAAACACGGGCAGCGCCCGUGUUUCAGAAGCCUCCCGAAGGGCAUGGAGACGUGGCAACUCUUGAGAAGACUCAGCUCAUUGCAAAGGAUUUUUCUGAGCUGCGCAUCCACUUCUGGCCCGACCGCAACACCAUUGGGGUACAGAGCACCUCCCCAGGCACGGAUGGAAUCACAGUGCGGAUGCUCAAAGCAUGCUGGCAGCAUGUGUCCCUCUUUAUACAGCAGCUAUACAACUGCUGCCUCCGGCUCUGCCACUUCCCACGAGCCUGGAAACUGGCAGAGGUGGCAAUGAUACCCAAGGUGGGUAAGAGAGAUAGAAGCUCAGUCCGCUCCUGGAGGCCCAUUGCCCUGCUUUCAGUAAUCUCCAAAGGGCUGGAACGCAUCAUUGCAAGGCGACUGGCGUACACGGCACUCAUUCACGGCAUAGUCAGCCCACAGCAUGGGGGGGCGCUGCCCAGACGAUCUGCAAUGGACCUGGUAGCUGCUUUCACUCAUGAGGUGGAGGCAGCCUUCGCACAAAACAAAGAAGUGUCCAUGGUCACAAUGGAUGUGCAGGGUGCCUUUGAUGCUGUGCUGCGCAGGCGGCUGCUUCAGCGGAUGGCGCAGCAGGGGUGGCCACGCGAGCUGCUGCAGCUCAUUGACAGUUUCCUCACUGAACGCAGAGCUCAGGUCCGGCUGGAGGGGACCACCACAGCAGCACAUCAGAUGCAAUGUGGCACGCCACAGGGGUCUCCUUUGUCACCAAUACUGUUCCUUCUGUACCUGGCAGAGCUGCUGUGGCAAAACUCGGAGUUGCGCUUUGGCUAUGCGGAUGAUCUGAACAUCUGGCGGGCGACCCACUCACUUGACAACAAUGCCACCCUUCUCAGACAGGAUAUACAGAGUAUUCUGAGGUGGGGGGAGAUAAACAAGGUGGCCUUCGCACCAGAGAAACUUGAGAUGAUCCAUCUUACAAGAAAGCGACACAAUGAGGCACCAGCAGUAGUUGUGUCUGAGGAUCUCACUGUUCACCCUGUUACUGCCCCAGCUGGACAGGAGCCAGCACUUCGCUGGCUGGGUGUACACUUCGACAGAAGGCUCACCUGGAGACCACAUGUCUCCACCCGGGCAAAGAAGGCAAGGGCCGUGGCCCAGCACAUCCGGAGUCUGGGAAAGACCAGAGACGGGCCCCCAGCAGACGCUCUGCGGAAGGCGGUCACCACCUGCGUGGUUCCCUCACUGCUCUAUGGCACAGAGGCCUGGUACGGCGGCCGCACGCAGCCAACGAGGUGUGGGUGCGCAGCGGCACGAUUAGAUACCUACCUGUACGAGCUUAGCGUUUUUCCGAUUUGCAAGGGCUGUAUCAAGCAGGCUGUCAACCUCGUUUCGCACCCUGUAACUCUAUCUCUUGUGCAAAGUUUCCGAUUGUGA